AUGGCAAACGUUCUUCCUUCCUUCCCUAAUGCCGCUCCCACCGCACGAAUUCUUCAUUUCCAUGACUCUAUAGAAUACGAGUCGAGGAUCAUGUAUUCUAGGCCCGUUGCGAAGGCAUUGGCGCAUCCAGGUCACACCGAAAAUCUCGGGCUGGGUGUCGCAACUGCAAGAUUCGCAGAAUCAAAAGCACCUGAUCUUCACCUAUCCCCGCACCGAGAUAAUGGCGAUCCCUGUGUUCGAGUGUCUAUGCUGUCCGCCGUAUUGACCAAUAAGGCCUUGCUGAAUACAGCCAACAGCAGUCUCAAAGAGCACUAUCCGGAAAACUUCAAGACCCGUAAUGCCUGUCCGCUCGACAUGGGCGAUCUAGACCGACUCGGACGAUGGCAUACAAGGACCGUUUUCACCCUUGGCACGCCAGAUACUGCCUCCAUUUACCAGCGAGAAAUUAGCAGGCUCGUCUCCCUACAUCCUUACCUGAUGCAUGCAGUCCUAGCCAUGACAGCGAUGCAUGAUCGCUUCUUACAGUCGUCGGACUUGCCUAACUUUGCACAAAGCACGGCCAUUGAAUGUUAUCAUCACGGUUGUGCAGCCGCGUUAUUCAAUGCGAAACUCUCAUCUCAGAUCGAUCCUUUGGAUCGAAAUGCCCUCUGGGCCACCGCUGUCCUCCUCAGCAGCAUGGCCUUAUUCUUCGUGGAGAGCUCGGAUCCUGAAGAACUGUGGCCGCUUGCUCCACCGUCGCCAUCUCACCUUGAGUGGCUGAACAUGAACCAAGGCCUUCGUGUCAUCUGGGACAUUGCAGAGCCGAUCUCCCCUGGGGGUCUCUUCCAUGACCUUGCCCAAAACCCUCAGUACUCUUACUUCCAAUCCAAAAUGACCUCCGAACCGCAACCAGGCAUCGACGGCAUUCCUUACUAUUUUACCACCCUCUACGACCUGACGCCCUUGUCCAAUGCACGGAACAACCCUUACCAUGCCGCCGUUCGGACGCUUGCUUCCCUCCUGGACGUCGAAUGCACGCCCUUCACAAUGGUGAAAUUCCUUUCCUUUCCGUCGCUUAUGCGGCCUCAGUUUAAAGCGCUAUUGAAAGGGAAGGAUGCCCGAGCGAUGUUGCUUCUGGCAUAUUGGUAUGCGAAAGUAUGCGAGUCGCAAUGGUGGAUCAAGACGAGGGCGAUUCUGGAAUGCACAGCGAUCUGCAUGUACCUGGAGAGAUAUCACUCGGGCGAUCUAAGAUUGAUGCAGAUGCUUGAAUUUCCGAAGGCGAGGUGUAGAUUGCUGCGGAGUGGGACAAGCAGAGCAUAA